UAGCUGAGGCCAAACAACGACCUCACAUUUUACUCAAUACUCACACCCACCCCUUCUUCUUUGUCCUUUCCCACAGAUCCAUCAGAUCAAGACACCCACAGGUCUUACUCAAUUUUUAGGAAUAGCCCCAAAAGCACCAACUAAUAAUAUCCCACCCAAAAUCCAGAAUAAAUACCACACUUCCCCUUUUUUCCUUUCUCUGCUACUUAAACCAAAGACUCUCCGCAGUACCCCAUCUCACCCUCUCUCUCUCUCUCUCUCUCUCUCUCCCUGUGUAUGAUUUUCUGGCCCUGGCUAAAGCCAUGUUUGAGCAAUCUGUAGACUCCAUACUUUCAAUUUGGGCUUCCAUGAACAGCUGGUUCACAUCGACUGUUCUCUUCGUCCUCCUCAACGUCAUGAUUGGCACUAUUGCCAUUACCUCGAGCCGAGGCGCCCAAAAACACAGCAACCGACAACAAGAAGCCCAAGAACACCCACAACAACCCCAACUUGCUAGAUCUCCGUCCAUUUUGCAGAGGUUCAAAUCCAUCAACUUCAACAGCUACAGAUCCCAAGAAACAACCACCGCCUUUGAGCAAACCACUGACUCGUACACCCAUUACGCUUCCAACCAGAAUCUUGAAACAGAGCAACCCCAACUUUCUAGAUCUCCAUCUAUGCUUCGGAGGCUCAAGUCCAUCAGCCUCUCCAAUUAUCGUUUCCAAGAACAACCCAACCCAUCAAUUUCCCUGGAGGAAUCAGAUACCCAUUACAGUAAUUUCCAACAACCCCGAGAAACAGAGGAUGAGGAGGAAGAAGAAGAAGAAGAAGAAGAAGCAGAAGAAGAAGAAGGAGGAGGAGGAGGAGGAGAAGAAGAAGAAGAGCUGGCCCAAGCGUCAGACCAAGACGAAGAGGUAGAUCAAUACGAUGAGCAGACGCUGGAUGAGAUUUACGGCAAGCUACAGGGCGCUCAAGUUAGCAGAACCCGUUCCGAUACCAAGCCAGCAUCGGGCGAGGUGCCGGUAAAGCUCUCAAGGAAGAUGAAGAAGUCGGCGAGCGCCAAGUCGGCGUUUGUGCAUUUCGAAGAGGAGGAUAUUGUUGAGAUUCGCCGGCCGGAAACUGUGAGGGAAAGAAAGGUUGGGGUGACGGAGGAUGACGAUGAUGAGGUGAACGCCAGGGCCGACGAUUUCAUCAACAGGUUCAAGCAGCAGUUGAAGUUGCAGAGGCUGGAUUCCAUUAUAAGGUACAAGGAUGCGAACAUAAGGGCGAGUGGGAAGUAAAAUAAGGUAAGUUUUAGUUUUUCUGGGGUAUGUUUUUGUAAUUUUUGCUAUUUCGGGGGUGGUAAAAGUACGUCUUUUUUAGCCCAGAAAAGGAAAACGGUUGAUGGGUAAAAAAGCAGUGGGUUAUCGGAUGUGAUUUAGAUCUGUUACUUAUGUCUGUUAAACUCUUUGUUUAAAUAUCUCUAUUAUUAUUAUUAUUAUUGGAUACAUAGUUUCAUA